CCAAAAAAUGAUACAGAAAUAAACUACGAUAUGGAUCCAGAGAUACAAAGAAUAAUGCAGUUUAUGCAAGAAGACAAAAACUUUAACAAAGGAUUCUCGUCAUUAUUGGACACAUACAUGUCCAAAUAUGCUACAACUGAUGAACAGCAAUCAACCAGCGUGUAUCAACGAUAUGAUGAAGGGUUAGAGAUGACAUGCACUCAGUUGAAUAUGGGGAACACGCCUGUUCAAAACUUUAGCUGGAAUAUCUAUGAACAUGCACACCAAGUUCAAGAUAUUAUGAAUGCUCGGCUACAGAGCUUUGGCUGUUUACUCAGGUGGUUCGACAGACUUGAAAUGAUUACUAGACAAAAAUAUUUUAAGUCUCUCUUUAUGAUGGGAUACCAAGUAGAAGCAUUAUGUGAAAGCUAUAACAGAUUGAAAAGAGAAGUUUAUAUUUUGUUAUGCACGUUUCAUAAUUCUAAUUCCAAUAUCGCGGUGUUUAAUGCAGUGAUGGUUUUUACUUUCGAAAAAAUGCAUGGCAAUAACAACCAAAAACAUAAGAAUAUCAUUA